UAUAAAUAUAAAUUAACACGUCAGUAUCACAUAGAAUCCCAGAAAUGAAAAAGAGGAUUGACAACCACAAUUCAGACAAUUCAAUCGUAUUGUGGCUUAAGCGCAAUUACAUAUGCUCUUAAUUGAUGACUUUAGAAUGAGGACUAACGGUAAAGUGCUUGUUUUGGUCUUUAUACUUGUGACAAUGCGUAUUGUUUUGGGAGCAGCUAGUUUUGAUUGUUACGGUGACAUAUGCAACAGAGGAGCCAACAGCCAGUUUUGUUCGAAAAUGUUCAAACUAUGUCGGGACUGUGAAACCGUAAAGAUGAGCUGUGGAACAGAAGAUCAACCAGAAGAAUGCUACGAUUAUUGCUUGGAAUAUAAGGUAAAGCUUGCUGUAGAAAAAGAAAAAGCAUCUAAUUGCUCCGGUUUCAAUCAAUCCCUUCGAGGUGUUGUAAGUUUUAACCAGACAGGGUAUCAACAAGGCGACAACAUCACUAUCAAUUGUGGUAUUGGAAUGGAGCCUCAGUAUACAAAUACAGUCGAAUGUGGAAAGUAUGGUUUGUAUCAGAUACCAUACCCAAGGUGUGAAGUCCAGACAUGCGUUUUAUCUCCGAUUGUUGCGAAUGCUAAGUUCACCCCAGAUCUUGACAGGAAAGGCCGAGUUGUCUUCAACACCACUGUUACUGUCGACUGUAAAGAUGGUUUUACUCUAGUUGGUUCUAACACUAUGACUUGUCUGGCUGACCAAAUGUGGAAUGUAGAAGCACCGUUUUGUAUUCCUGAUACAUACAUCUGGUGGCGAACAUUGGCAUUUGGGCUGAUAGCUGUCUCCGCAACGUUCUUUAUCGUCAUCAUUAUACUAAUUGCUUUAUUUGUGUGGCUACACAACCGGGAAACACGCUCAAUUAAAACCAGCAAGCAUUCCACCCAGCGUAAGCCGUCAGUUUCAGAGAGUGGUAUAUCAAGUUAUCAUGAUCAUGAUGAAGGGGAAACUUGCAAAAUGAUUGUAGACGCUAAAGCAGGACAGCAAACACCAGAGAGCAACAUAAGUCGUAAUUCUUUCACUGAUAGUGAAAGUUGCAAAUCCGAUCAGACCACGGCAGCGCUUGAAGAAAGAAAGCUUAGGAGUAGUGCUAGCAACGUUGACAUCACUAAUAUAAAUAACACGUACAACUUAUAUGGUAAUACUAGUAUAACACAUCAUACCGAUCCCAGUAACGAUACGUCUCCAAACAAUAACUUCAAACUUGAUAUCCAUCCUGAAGACGAAAAUACAAAGGAACAAGUUCCUGUAAGCUUGGUAACAGAAGAAUCUCAGAUAACCAUUGAAGCGUCUCAGGAAACACAACAAGGGAAGUCAAGCAAAGGAGCUAUCCCAUUUAUGAAUGACAAUGACACAGAUAUAGCUCUUGACAGUGUUCCCUUAAUACUGAAGAAAUCGUUGGUUGAUUUGAUUGGACACGCGAAGGAUAACAGUUGACUUUGUAGUCUUUGGAGACAGUUAAACAUUUUAGCAGAUAAUUAUGAUCUUUGAUCUUUUUAUAUAAAUAGAAAGUUUGCAUAAUAUUAACGUUUGAUCUGAAGGUUUAGCUCAUAUAUACUUAUUCAUUUAAGCUCGAUUGCGGAACAAAUUCUUGCAACUGAUAUCACUUUCGAAUCCGCUUACUGGAACUAACCAAUAUUGGUGUCAUAAGGAAACAUGAUCGUGACCCGAAUAGGGCUCAAACCCAUGAUCCUUGCGUUGAGAGGUAGAUAUAUUAACCACUUUCCCACCGCGUAGAUCAGUUACGUACCGUUGCAUACAUGUCGCCGGAAAAUGGAUACGUUAGAGAAAAUUUGAAUGAAAUGUUAUAUAGCAUAAUAGGUUUUAUUUUUUUGUGUGUGUUCUCCCUUGUAUGUUUGUAAUGUAUAAAUUAAAACCCUUGAAUGAUAUAUGAUAUAGUUAAGCCAGAGUAAAAUGUUUCGAAUUUAAAUUUUCUGUCAGCACGCUAACCUAAUACUUCCAACUGGGUGAUGUUCUCAAACAAAAGUUUUAAAUUUUGUUUCCACACCAUUGAUAAUGUAUAUUGUUGUAUAAUACAAA